UCGCCAGUGAUUCCGCUAACGACUUUCGAUGUCGCGGGUAGCUCCGCCACUGCCAGCGUAGUUUACACACUGGAUUUCAAGACAGCGAUGUAGAAAUUAGCCUAUUGUAUGGCAAGCAGAACUUUUAAAGAAAGGAGAAUCGCCAGAGGCGCGGAGUCAGAGCCUCGGGGCUUUACGGGAAAGUUUGGGACUUCGAAGCGAUGGACGCAAGUUCUAAAAAGGGGACGAAGAAAUGGAAUUUAAAUAAAUGACAAACACAUCUGGAUCUCAUUUGGCGCCGGUUGAAAGACAUAUAAAGACCUACUUAAAAAUAGCAUUUUAACUCCGAUGUAUUUUCAUUUUUCUAACAGAAAAUAGAGAAAUGGUAGCCUUUUUUAAAAAACACGACUGAUCAACGCCCGAUAUCUUUUGUGUCUACUCCUGAGUCCGUGUAUCUGUGUGUGUUUGUGUGUGUGUGUAUCUUAGGUGUGUAUGUGUGGACUACCUAUGUAUGUCUGCGUACGGUGCAUGCGCCGUGCUGCUGACGUCCGUGUAGCUGUUGUGCUCAGUGAGUUCGACAGAAAGUAGUUUGUCUUGGGAGUCGGAGCAAGAGAAUCGCAUUUUUAAAGCUUACGUUGUCCUGUGUGUUCUAAUCGACAACAUCGAAAGCCCUUCGAAGAUCAGUUGGAGACGAGUGACCAGCGUGUUCUGUGGAUCUACCGAUGGUUGAACAAGAAAUUCCGCCGAAGUUCUGAGUAAUGUUAACGUCAUUUGGAUACCUGAAAGACCGUAUCCUACAUACUGGCUUGCCAUCUAAGUGAACUUCAAAUACACAGAAGAAUAAGUCAUCAUAGCUAGCUAACUCUGGCUAGCUCUUUGAAAAUCUGAUAAUUGAUGUCAGUCACUCACGGGACGGGACUGUCUUUGCUGUUUCACAACGCACAUGGGUAACCCCGCCCCUGACCACGCCCCCGACCGACCCAAUUGGCUGCUGAGGUGUGAUAUUGGAAUGGGCGUGGCCUCCCGGCCCCACCCCCCUCCGCCAGCCGUGUGAAUGACCCCGUGCGCGCACGCCCCUGCCAUGAGGAACUCCAAGUACCAGCAGUACUACAACCAGUCGGUGAUCCAGGUGCACUACCGCCUGGCCAAGAACCUGACGCAGAAGGAGCUGGAGGUGCGCAUGCGCAGCGACGCCGGCCUCAGCGGCCUCAACGUCUUCUUCGUGCUCAUCUGCGGCAUCAUCAUCCUGGAGAACCUGCUGGUGCUCGUCGCCGUCUUCCGCAACAAGAAGUUCCACUCCGCCAUGUUCUUCUUCAUCGGCAACCUGGCCUUCUCCGACCUGCUGGCCGGCUCCGCCUACAUCGCCAACAUCUUCCUGUCGGGCCCGCGGACGUUCCGGCUGGUGCCCGUGCAGUGGUUCAUCCGCGAGGGCACGGCCUUCAUCGCCCUGGCCGCCUCCGUCUUCAGCCUGCUGGCCAUCGCCAUCGAGCGCUACAUCGCCAUCACCAAGGUGAAGGUGUACGGCUCCAACAAGACGUGCCGCAUGUUCCUGCUGAUCGGCACCUGCUGGGCCACCUCGGUGGUGCUGGGGGGGCUGCCCAUCAUGGGCUGGAACUGCAUGGACGCGCUGCACGAGUGCUCCACCGUGCUGCCGCUCUACUCCACCCGCUACAUCUUCUUCGUGGUGACCAUCUUCAGCGCCAUCCUGCUGUCCAUCGUCAUCCUCUACGUGCGCAUCUACCUGAUCGUGCGCCACAGCCAGCAGGAGGCGGCCAGCUCGCCGGCGUACGCCCUGCUGAAGACGGUCACCAUCGUGAUGGGCGUGUUCAUCGUGUGCUGGCUGCCGGCCUUCAGCGUGCUGCUGCUGGACACGUCCUGCGACAUGGCGUCCUGCCCCGUGCUCUCCCACGCCGACGUCUUCUUCGGCCUGGCCACGCUCAACUCGGCGCUCAACCCGCUCAUCUACACGCUGCGGAGCAAGGACAUGCGGCGCGAGUUCCUGCGCGUGCUCUGCUGCUGGGGGCUGCUGCACUGCGGCCAGACCGCCCACCCCUGCCUGCUGCCCCUCAAGAGCACCAGCUCCAUGGAGCACUGCACCCACAAGCAGGAGCAGCAGUCCACGCCCAUCAUGCAGGACUGUACCAGCGUCUGAGGCGGAGGGGGGUGAGGGGGAGGG